AGGUCGGGCGGGCGGUGCUGCGGUGCGCACUGCCGGGGCGGGGCCGCCCCUCCCGCCGCCGCUCCAAGAUGGCGGCGACCAGCGCGGUGCGGGCGGUGGGGCGUCGCUCCAGGAGGGUCUUCGACAUCUUCGUGGCUGAGGUUCCCUGGACCGUGUCGAGCAAGGAGCUGAAGGAGUACUUCUCCCAGUUCGGGGCAGUGCAGAGGUGCCAGCUGCCGUUCGACAAAGAUACAGGCUUUCACAGACGUUAUUGCUGGAUUAAAUUCUCAACUCCACAAGAUGUUCAGAAUGUGCUUCAGAAGGACUCCCACAUACUUGAAGGUGCCAAGCUCACUCUCAGACAGCAGUCAUAUCGAAGGCGCAGUCAAAGAAAGAAUCCAAGUGAGUGAGCGGUGGAAGGAGGCUUUAUUUCACUAAAUGUAAAGAAACUAAAAUAAAGAUUACUGAGAAACUAUGAA